AUGGGCUGUGUGCAAUGUAAGGAUAAAGAAGCAACAAAACUGACUGACGAGAGGGAUGGCAGUUUAACUCAAAGCUCAGGCUACCGCUAUGGGACAGAUCCCACUCCGCAGCACUAUCCUAGCUUUGGUGUGACUUCAAUCCCAAACUACAACAACUUCCAUGCCACAGGAGGCCAAGGACUGACUGUGUUCGGUGGAGUCAAUUCCUCCUCUCAUACAGGGACACUGCGUACAAGAGGAGGAACAGGUGUAACUCUUUUUGUGGCGCUUUAUGACUAUGAAGCAAGAACAGAAGAUGACCUGAGUUUUCACAAAGGAGAAAAAUUUCAAAUACUUAACAGCUCGGAAGGAGACUGGUGGGAGGCUCGGUCCCUGACAACAGGCGAAACUGGUUACAUUCCCAGUAAUUAUGUGGCUCCAGUCGAUUCCAUCCAAGCAGAGGAGUGGUACUUUGGCAAACUUGGCCGAAAAGAUGCUGAGAGGCAGCUGUUGUCAUUUGGAAACCCCAGAGGUACCUUCCUGAUCCGGGAAAGUGAAACUACCAAAGGUGCCUAUUCCCUGUCUAUUCGAGACUGGGAUGAUAUGAAAGGCGAUCACGUCAAACAUUAUAAGAUUCGUAAACUUGACAAUGGUGGAUAUUAUAUCACAACUCGGGCACAAUUUGAAACUCUUCAGCAGCUGGUUCAGCAUUAUUCAGAGAGAGCUGCAGGUCUUUGCUGCCGCUUAGUAGUCCCCUGUCAUAAAGGAAUGCCAAGGCUUACUGAUCUGUCUGUCAAAACCAAAGAUGUCUGGGAAAUCCCACGAGAAUCCCUACAGUUGAUCAAGAGACUGGGAAAUGGGCAGUUUGGGGAAGUAUGGAUGGGUACAUGGAAUGGAAAUACUAAAGUGGCUAUCAAGACCCUGAAGCCUGGCACUAUGUCUCCAGAAUCUUUCUUAGAGGAAGCCCAAAUCAUGAAGAAGUUAAAACAUGACAAACUGGUCCAACUUUAUGCUGUGGUAUCUGAAGAACCUAUCUAUAUUGUCACGGAGUACAUGAGCAAAGGGAGUUUGCUAGAUUUCUUAAAAGAUGGAGAAGGAAGAGCUUUAAAAUGCACCGAUUGCGUUCCGUGCCUCUCGCAGGUGGCUGCAGGAAUGGCGUACAUCGAGCGAAUGAAUUACAUACACAGAGAUCUGCGGUCUGCAAACAUUCUGGUGGGGAAUGGCCUAAUAUGCAAGAUCGCCGACUUCGGAUUGGCAAGACUGAUUGAAGACAAUGAAUAUACGGCCAGACAAGGUGCAAAGUUUCCCAUUAAAUGGACUGCGCCAGAAGCGGCAUUGUAUGGAAGGUUCACAAUAAAGUCGGACGUGUGGUCUUUUGGGAUCCUACUGACAGAGCUGGUAACAAAAGGGAGAGUGCCAUACCCAGGCAUGAAUAACCGUGAAGUCUUGGAGCAAGUAGAACGUGGUUAUCGGAUGCCAUGUCCUCAGGACUGUCCCAUCUCCUUGCACGAGCUUAUGAUUCACUGCUGGAAAAAAGACCCAGAGGAGCGUCCAACUUUCGAGUAUUUGCAGGGUUUCCUUGAAGACUACUUCACUGCAACAGAACCCCAGUACCAGCCCGGCGACAACCUGUAAAUCCCUGGUCUCCAGACUCUGUCAUGAAUUACCAGGUGUUUCUCAGCCCUGCCCCACCUGCCCUUCAGCUUCCAACUCCGUGAUCGACUUCUCCAGAGUGCAGCAUCUUCCAGCACCGCCGUGCACGGGAGGGUCUGAAGCUGGGAACUUCCGCAGCCCUUGCCUAUGACCACUUGUCCUAAUAAUCUGAAUGUUCUGGAUGAAAAGGAGAAAAACACUCGUUUUUUCUUAAUCAAAGACUCCAAAACUGCAUUGUAUUGAUGUUAUGUAAACUGCAAAACCUCUGUUCAUUGUAAAUAGUAACUCAGUGCCAAUAACUGAUCCUAGUGCUUUCCUUUUUUUAAAAUGCAAAACCUAUGUGAUUUUAACUAGUCUCCUCCUGAUUCAACUAAAAGUAUUAUUUUCCAGAAGUGGCCUCUUUGUCUAAAACAU